AUGUCAGAGGUUUUCUUCAAGCAGAAAGUCAUUUUGUUUAUAUCUAUCUGUCUAUCUGUUCAUAUUUAUCUAGCUACUUCUGACUCAUCAUCUAUCUAUCUAUCUAUCUAUCUAUCUAUCUAUCUAUCUAAAUCUGUUCAUAUUUAUCUACUUCAGGCUGUUCAUUAUCUAUCACAAACUGCAUCUUUCUUUUUUUCUUUCUUUCUAUCUCAAGGAGCUCAACAGUUGACGACAUUUUGCGGCUAUUUUUUGGAAGUCGUGGGACAAUUUAGGACUAAUUUGAUGUACAAUGGAGAUCCGAGAUGUUUGGCCAUUGACUUAAUCCCGCACCACUUGACCACAGUCCUGGCCUGGACACCUUCAUCUGAUACCGUUGCGACGAUGACGAGUGCCGCUCAAUUGGCUGUGAAUGCUUUAACUGCCAGCGAGCAGCUUGGCAAUAGCAGCAGCCUUUCAGUAACGGACUCGGUCACCAGCAGCAGCGGUACAGGUACCAGUAGCAGUGGUGGGGGUUCCUCUGGCAAGUCAUUCAAAUGCCAGUUCUGUGCCAAAGAGUUCCCCAAGUCCUGCAACCUGACGACCCACCUGCGCACCCACACUGGCGAAAAGCCUUACCUGUGUGGGGUGUGUCAGCGGGGCUUCUCCCAGUCGGGCAGUCUGCACGUCCAUCAGCGAACGCAUACAGGUGAGAAGCCCUACAAGUGUCACUUGUGUGACAAAAGGUUCGUGCAGGUCGGCAGCCUUAGCGUGCACCUUAAAAUUCACACAGGGGAGCAACCGCACCAGUGCCACCUCUGUCAGCAGAGGUUUGCACAGUCGAGCUCCCUUCGUCGGCACAUUAAAAUACACAAUGGUGAGAAAAAUUACAAGUGUAAGUUCUGCGCCAAGGACUUUGUGCAGUCGUCGCAGCUUGUGAAGCACACGCGCACGCAUACGGGGGAAAAGCCCUAUGCUUGUAAAUACUGCGAUAAGCGGUUUUCGCAGUCCAACUCCCUCGAAAUUCAUCAACGCGUGCAUACAGGCGAGCGGCCUUAUAAGUGCGACUUCUGCGACAAGCGUUUCCCUCAGUCGUCCCUGCUGACCCGUCACAUCCAGGUACACACGCGCGAGAACUUCUGCAAGUGCGACUUCUGUGACAAGCCAUUUCCGCUUCAGAGCCUCCUGGACGAGCACAUGCAGCUACACCGUGACAAUCCCUUUGAAUGUGAAUAUUGCAACAAAUGUUUCUCAAAGGCAGCACGCCUCAUGGAGCAUCUCAAAGAGCAUGCUGGCGAAGAGCCCUACCGGUGCCGGUUUUGCGACAAGACAUUCACGCGCCACCGGAACCUGUGUCAGCACCUCAAAUUCCACACCCGGCAGCGAGCUCUCGUCUUCCCGCAGGUCGAGAAGUUCUGGGAAGAGCUACAGGACCCAAAUGGCGUCAAAACCACUGCAUCGCAUGCAGCCGUGUGUGACGUGCUCACUCAGUCCUGCUUUAAGGAUGAUAAUGACCUGUUUAAGACGAUCGCGGCUGGGGCCCUCCGCGAAAAGAUUCAUCCAGGCGACACAGACACUACAAGUAUGGAGUUGGCUGCUGACUUAGCAACUUGCUGCAAGAAUGAGCAACAUUUGGAUGCCUGCGAUGCGGCUGCUACUUCAGCUGCUGUGGCAGCUGCGGCAGCUGCCAAUCGAAGGAAUGGCUAUCCGCCACGGCUGGAAGUAGAUGUUAGCCACAAGAAAGCAGCCGGGCUGUCAGCUGAAAUCCAUUGCUGCGAUGACCAAGACAACCCCAGUGUCUGUGAUAAUGCCACCGAUGAGAGCCAAGCCGCAGCUGCCGCGAUUGACCAGGGCUAUAAGCCACUUCAGGUUGACCUUCAAAUGUCCGAGCAGGCCAUCGGACAUGGCGAGAAGACAUGUAAAAUGCUGUGCACCGCAGACACAGACCCAACGCCAACUGUUGUGCAUACAUACAUUUCCAGCUGUCCCGAGCAAGGGCACAUUACCGCUGAGCUACCAGCUGGUGCCAAAGCCAUUGACCCUACUGCUGUUGUUACUGCUGGUGCCCCCUACCAGUGUGGUGAGACCAUCAUUACAGCUAAUGCUGUGUUUGAUGGCAGUGUCCUGCCCAAAACUAGUGGGGCGUGUCUGGUUAGUUUACGCACGUGUGAGCCCAGUGUAUUUACUAGUGCAACAGCCGCAGCAACGGCCCCUCCACCUACCGUCCACCUGGAACGGGCCAUGAGUGCUGAAUUGGCUGUGGUUGAUCAGUUGGUGUCCCACAGCCAGACACCUGUCAGACAAAAAGAUGGCACAGCCAUGGAUAUUGGCAAGCCAAAUUUGUUUGAAUGUGACAUGGACAUCAAACUGUAUUUGCCUGAUCGGGGAGAGGCUGCUGGCUCUGCUCUCUCUGUUACAACGGCUCACCCAGUGCAGUUGCAACAGCAUCCUCACCAUGUUGUACCUCCUGCCCCACAACAAGCUGUGGUCCCUAUAACCCAUCCUCCUCUCCCCUCACCAGCCACUGUCCAUAUCCCUGCUACAAUGAGAGAUACGAAACGAAAAGGCACUGACCUUUGUACCUUCACGUGCAAAGGUAACAUGUACACAAAACCGAAUGUUAAUACCUUGCCCUCAGAUUGUGUGGAAAAGGGACGUAGUCCAGGCUCAUCUUCCCCUCCCCUUUCAUUUUUUUUCUUUUUUCCUCUUUUUCCCUCCAAGAAAUUGUCUUGA